AAUGAAAAGGUCCCUGAGUUGCUAUGGAUGCAGCAGUGCUUUAGCACAGCGCGUUGAAGACCCUUGGGCAUCAUGUCUUCCUUCCACAGGAACAGCAGCUACAUCGGGGAUGCUGACUACCCUGACUCCUCGGGGUCUCAGAACCACCCACAGAGCUAUUGGAAAGCUCAAGAUUGCCCAGAAUUCCACCACCCCAAGAGCAACCCAUAUUCUCCGGGCUCCAGGACAAGCCCAGACGACCCCAGCUCCCUAGCAGAACCAGAUUAUCCCGGAGCUCCAAGUAACACGGACUCUCGCGGCCCCGGGAGUCAUCCGUUCCCUGCACAUUCCAGAACGAGGCCAGACUAUCUCGCGUCUUUCCCUGAGCCGGACUAUACUGACUCCCAAAGCUUCUCUGUGGAGCCUGACUACCCCGGCUCUCAGCGCCACGCUGGCUUUGCCGGAGUCAGAAGCAGCGUGAGCUACACAGGCUCCAGAACCAAUCUAGGCUAUUUGGGAUCCCUGGAAGAACCAGACUACCCUGGAGCCCAAGGCGACUCUGACCAUCCGGACCCCAGAUCCCAUUCCAACCUGCCGAGCUACAGAAGAGAUGCAGGCUACCUUGGGUCCAGAGUCAACAGAGUCAACUCCUACCCAGACUCCUUUGGGGAACCUGAUUACCCAGGUGCUGAGAAUCCACCAGACGCUCCCGACUUUUAUGGAAAUCCAGACUAUCCCGGUGCUGAUGAAGGUCAUGAUUAUGGCUCUUCCGACCCCCUGGGAGCCAUGAGGAGGAGCAAUGGCCCCCUUGGCACGCUGGGGAGGGAGAGCGAAGACUACCCCGAAAGCAUUGAAAUGGCACCCGUGGAGAUGGUGGGGCUGUGGGGCCACGCUCUGCCAGGUGAUCCUAAAAAUGGCUAUGUGAACUCUGCUUAUGUGAGAGGAAGCAGCCCUGUCUGUGUGGAUAGGAACCUGCUGCUGUGUGAGCGUGACUGGCACACAUCACCCCAAGGGCAGAAACUAAUCGUAUCCCUGGUUCCCAUGACAUCUAGAGACAGAAUCAAAACCAUCAGAAACCAGCCAAGGACCAUGCAAGAGAAGAGAGAGCUUAGAAAAAUAGUUGACCAAGAAAAGAGUAAACAGUCCCAUGGCAGCCUUGAGGCCAACUGCUGUGCUCAGUGUCUGAGCUCACUUUCCAUGGCCUGCCGCAGAGCCAAGGGCAGCCUCUCAGAGCUCCUCAGUUCCAUCAGCUUGUGGCAGAAGAGAUUCAAGGUCAUCGGAGGCAAGUUUGGAACCAGCGUCCUGUCCUAUUUCAGCUUCCUGAGGUGGCUUUUGAAGUUUAACAUCUUCCUGUUCAUCAUGAACUUCAGCUUCAUCGUCAUCCCACAGUUCACUGUGGGCGAGAGGAACACCCUCCAGUUCACUGGCGUGGAGCUCUUCACCGGGUCGGGUUAUUUUAGGGACACGGUGAUGUACUAUGGCUUUUACACCAACUCUACAAUCCAGCACGGGACAGGUAGAGCAUCCUACGACAUGCAGCUGGCCUACAUCUUCACAAUCGGAGCCUGCCUGGUCACCUGCUUCUUCAGUCUCCUCUUCAGCAUGGCCAAGUACUUCCGGAACAACUUCAUCAACCCCCACAUAUACUCCAGAGGGAUCGCUAAGCUCGUCUUUUGCUGGGACUUCACUGUCACCCAUGAAAAAGCUGUAAAGCUGAAACAGAAGAACCUGAGCACCGAGAUCAGGGAGAAUCUGUCAGAGAUCCGCCAGGAGAACGACGGGCUCACACUUAACCAGAAGCUGACCCGCUUUUCUGCCCACAUAGCCGCCUGGCUCGUCUCUACAGGAGUGGCUGCAGCCUGCUGUGCAGCUGUAUACUACCUGGCUGAGUAUAACUCUGAGUUCUUGAAGACGCACAGGAACCCUGGGGCGGUGCUGUUACUGCCUUUCGUUGUGUCCUGCAUCAACCUGGCUGUGCCUCGCUUCUACUCCAUGUUCCGCCUGCUGGAGAGGUACGAGACACCAAGACAGGAAGUCUACGUCCUCCUGAUCCGAAACAUCCUUCUGAAGAUCUCCAUUGUUGGAAUUCUUUGCUACUAUUGGCUCAGCAUUGUGGCCCUGUCUGGCGAAGAGUGCUGGGAGACCCUCAUUGGCCAGGACAUCUACCGGCUCCUCCUCAUGGACUUCGUGUUCUCCUUGGCCGAUUCCUUACUGGGGGAGUUUCUGAGGAGGCUCAUUGGGAUGAAAUUCAUAACCAGUCUCAGCAUGCAGGAGUUUGACAUUGCCAGGAAUGUUCUGGAACUGAUCUAUGCACAAACUCUGGCCUGGCUCGGAAUUUUCUUCUGCCCUCUGCUGCCUUUUAUCCAAAUGAUCACUCUCUUCAUUAUGUUUUAUGUCAAAAAUAUCAGCCUGAUGAUGAACUUCCAGCCUCCGAGCAAGGCCUGGCGGGCCUCACAGAUGAUAACGUUCUUCAUCUUCUUGCUCUUCUUCCCAUCCUUCACGGGUGUGCUGUGCACCCUGGCCAUCACCAUCUGGAGUUUGAAACCUUCAGCUGACUGCGGCCCCUUCCGAGGCCUGCCUUCCUUCAUUCAAUCCAUCUACAGCUGGAUAGACACCCUGAGCCAAAGGCCUGGCUACCUGUGGGUCGUCUGGAUCUACCAGAACCUCAUCGGAAGCGUGCACUUCUUCUUCAUCCUCACCCUCAUUGUGUUAAUCAUCACCUAUCUUUACUGGCAGAUCACAGAGGGGAGGAAGGUCAUGAUCCGGCUGCUCCACGAACAGAUCAUUAACGAAGGCAAAGAUAAGAUGUUUCUGAUAGAAAAGUUGACCAAGCUACAGGAUAUGGAGAAGCGAGCCAACCCCAGUGCGCUUACCCUGGAAAGGAGAGAGGUGGAGCAACUAAGCCCUUUGCACUUGGAGGAACUCAGUGCGGCUGCUCCUGACCUGCGAUUGAGGCGGUCAGAGCAAGAAGAGAAUCCAAAAGCCUGA